AUGAACGUGAGAAAUGAUGAUUCAGCUGAUGAAUUAGAUGAAUUAGAAGAGGAGGAGUCUGGAUUGAAAGCUAAAGAUCUGCACAAAGUAGGGUUACCAUUUCUGGUUGCAGAACACCAUUAA